UUAAUAUUACUUUCACCUUUCCCCUCUUCGGAUUACAUUUAUAGUUUUCCAUUAGCUUACCGAUCUACGGCUCAAAUCCCAUUUCACUGUCUCCUUCCUUCCUCCUUCACCUCUCCCCUUGCCCCUACAAAAAUCGCCGGAACCUCCUAUCCCUACCCACCAAAAACUUUCAAAUCUCUAGCUUUCCCUCGUUUUCUCGAGAAACAAACAGAAACCCGAAACCCCAAUUUCCCAAUUCAUUUAUUUCAAGGGCACAAAGUAAACAGCAAGAAAAUCCACCGGAGGGAAAGCCCUAAGGAACAACUGGCCACGAAGGCAGCCAGGAAAACAUCUCUUUGGACACGAGCUAAACUUCUAAAACUGCGGUUGUUGAGAGCUUCUACCAUCUCAAUUCAGUCACAGGAUGGAAUCUGGUCGACCAUCAAGUACUAAUCAUGAGCUGAGUCAUCAAGUUUCGCUUGAUAUUGAUAGAUUAGCCCAAUCCGUGACGGAAGAGCUGGAAAUCUCAAAUCCUUUCUCCGACACAUGCUGUAUAUAUAAAGUUCCUGAGCGAUUACGCGAGCUGAACGAAAAGGCCUACACACCUCGAUUAGUCUCCAUAGGCCCAAUUCACCAUUGUAAUGACACGCUAAAAGCCAUGGAAGACCACAAAAGAAUGUACCUGAAAGAAUUCAUUGCCCGGACCAAGGUAAGUGUGAAGGGUUUUAUUGAAUUGAUCAAGGCGAAGGAAACAAGAUUGCGUAAUUGCUAUGCGGAGACAAAUGGGUUUAGUAGCGAAUACUUCAUAAAAAUGAUAUUAAUGGAUGCUGCCUUCGUCAUUAUGUUUUUGCUGAAGUGGACUUACACAGACUUCAGAGGAAGCAGAGACAGCAUUUUCUAUCCUCCAUACAAGAGUGUAGAUGUAAGGGUUGAUAUCUGUUUGCUUGAAAAUCAGCUCCCGUUCUUCAUCCUCGAGGAGUUGUGUGGACUAUCCCCUAUAUUCGGCAAUUCUCCAAAAGCUACACUGAUUGGGCUUACUCAUUGGUUCUUUUCAUAUGAAUGGGGUUCAUGGGCAGUAGGGGAAUAUUUGGGGAGAGUAGAUUUCUCCGAAGUGAAACAUUUGGUUGACUUUCUUACAAUUUAUCAUCGGCCAACUGAACAGCAACAGUAUGAGGAACUUGAGGUUCUAACCGCACCCAGUGUAAAGGAGCUCCACCAAGCGGGGGUCAAGUUUGUGCUGAGUUCAAGCAAACAUCUUCUUGACAUAAAAUUCGAUAGAAAUAAAGGGAGACUAGAGUUCCCACGAUUACAGUUAGAUGACAGAACAGAAAUCAUAAUCAGGAAUAUGCAAGCCUUUGAGCAGUGCCAUGGCCUGAAACAUGGUUAUGUUGGUGACUAUAUCUUCUUGAUGGGUCUCUUUGUCAGUGCCAGUAAGGAUGUGGAAAUGCUUGUUGAAAAUCGUAUUAUAGAAAACUGGCUACCGUCUAAUGAGGAAGUGGUACAACUCUUUUACAAUCUCAACAAACAAAAUAGUGUGUGGUCAGCUAUCAUCUCAGUUCAGUCACACUCACAUGUGCUGAAUCAUCAAGUUUCGCUUGAUAUUGAUAGAUUACGCGAGGCACCUGUGAAGGGACAGCUGGAAAUCCCAUACGCUUUCUCCACCACAUGUGCCAUAUAUAAAGUUCAAGAGCGAUUACGCGAGUUGAACGAAAAGGCCUACACACCUCGUGUAGUCUCCAUAGGCCCAAUUCACCACGGUAAAGAGAAGCUAAAAGCCAUGGAAGACCACAAAAGAAUGUACCUGCGGGAAUUCCUUGCCCGGACAGGGGUAAGUGAGGAGGCUUUUAUUGAAUUGAUCAAGUAGAACGAAAAAAGAUUGCGUAAUUGCUAUGCGGAGACCAAUGGGUUUAGUAGCGAAUACUUCAUAAAAAUGAUAUUAAUGGAUGCUGCCUUCGUCAUUAUGUUAUUGCUGAAGUGGACUUACACAGACUUCAGAGGAAGCAGAGACAGCAUUUUCCAUCCUCCAUACAUGGGUGUAGAUGUAAGGGUUGAUAUCUGUUUGCUUGAAAAUCAGAUCCCGUUCUCCAUCCUCGAGGAGUUGUGUGGACUAUCCCCUGUUUUCUUCCUUGAACUUUUCUUCUAAAUGACAUAUUUGUUUCAGUAUAAAUUCCAAGCAAUGAAGACUGUAUAAUUUGUUCU